GUUUCUUGACAAUGCGCUUCUCUACCAGUCUCUUGCGCCCAAAGCUCCACAGUUGGAGCUUCAGUAUCAAAGAGUUAACUUCUAAUGGAAAGUGGCAAGAAGCGUUUUACCAAUUUUAUGAAAUGAAACACGCUGGAGUUGAACUAACAGACCCUUCAGUGUUUCCUCUUAUUCUCAAGGCUUGUUCAAAUCUCUCCCGUAUCCAUGGAAAAUCCCUUCAUGCAUGUUUGAUCAAGCAAGGAUUUGCAUCCUUUACUUCCAUUGGGAAUGCCCUUAUGGACUUCUACAUGAAAUGUAGAUUCAUGGAGUCUGCAAGGACUGUAUUUGGUUGCAUGAGUCGUAGAGACUCAGUUUCUUGGAAUAUAAUGAUACAUGGGCACCUUGAUCGGGGUGGUCUAGGAGAAGGAUUAUGGUGGUUUUAUAAAGCAAGGAUUGCUGGGUUUGAACCCAAUACUUCCAUAUUGGUGCUUGUAAUUCAAGCAUGUCGUACUCUUGGAGCUUACUGUGAAGGACUAGAAGUUCAUGGUUAUUUGAUUCGAAGUGGGUUUUGGGCUAUUCAUUCAGUCUAAAAUUCUUUGUUGAGAAUGUACGUAGAUGUUGACAUGGUGUGUGCGCGAAGAUUGUUUGAUGAAAUUUCUGAGAAAGAUGUUAUUUCCUGGAGUGUGGUGAUUGUGGGUUAUGUGCUAAGUAAGGAUGCCUCUUCUGGCUUGCAAUUGUUUCAAAAAAUGGUUUUAGAUUCAAGGAUUGAACCGGAUGGAGUAACUGCGGUUAGUGUUCUUAAAGGUUGUGCAAAUUCGAAGAACUUGAUUGUGGGAAGAAUGGUCCAUGGAUUGGUGGUCUGUAGAGGUUUAGAUUGUGAUUUAUUUGUUGGAAACUCAUUGAUUGAUAUGUAUUCCAAGUGUGAAGAUACUGAUUCUGCUUUCAAAGUUUUCAAUGAGAUGCAUAGAAAGAACAAUGUAUCAUGGAAUUCUAUCUUAUCUGGAUUUGUGCUCAAUGCGAAGUAUUCAGAAGCUCUGUCACUGAUUUAUUCAAUGGGGACGGAAGAAAAUGUGGUAGAUGAGAUCACUCUUGUGAAUAUUCUUCAGGUGUGCAAGUAUUUUUUCCGCCCAAUUGAAUGCAAGUCAGUUCACUGUGUAAUACUUCGGAUGGCAUAUGAAUCAAAUGCAGCGGUCUUAAAUUCUCUGGUUGAUGCUUAUGCAAAGUGUUAUGUUAUUGAGGUUGCUUGGGAACUUUUUAGUGCCAUGAAGAGAAGGGAUGUGGUGUCAUGGAGUACAAUGAUCGCUGGGUUCACCCAUUGUGGUAUGCCUGAUGAAGCAAUCUCUGUCUUCCAAGAGAUGAACCAGACACAAGAGAAGCCCAAUGCAGUCACCAUUAUAAAUCUGCUUGAAGCUUGCUCAGUUACAGCUGAACUGAGGAGGUCAAAGUGGGCUCAUGGAUUUGCAAUUCGCAGAGGCUUGGCAGCAGAAGUAGCCGUGGGGACUGCAUUCGUUGAUAUGUACUCGAAAUGUGGAGCCAUUGAAGCCUCAAGAAAGGCCUUUGAUCAAAUUUCCCAUAAAAACAUUGUGUCAUGGAGUGCCAUGGUAGCAGCUUACGGUAUGAAUGGCCUUUCUCAUGAAGCAUUGUCCUUAAUCACUGAAAUGAAAUUGCAUGGCUUGAAACCCAACUCAGUGUCAACUCUCUCAGUUUUAUCAGCAUGUAGCCAUGGCGGUUUACUCGAAGAGGGGCUUGCCUUUUUCAAAUCAAUGGUUCAAGAUCAUGGGGUUGAGCCUGAGUCGGAACAUUAUUCCUGCAUAGUCGACAUGCUGGCUCGAGCAGGAAAACUUAACAUCGCCAUGGAAUUCAUCAACAAAAUGCCCGAAACUUUGAAGGCAGGAGCAAGUGCAUGGGGGGCAAUCUUGAGUGCAUGUAGAAGCUACGGAAACAGAGAGCUUGGAGCAGUAGCUGUCGCUCACAUUCUUGAAAUGGAACCUCUAAACUCAGCUGGGUAUUUGCUAGCAUCAAGCAUGUAUGCAGCAGGUGGAUUGUGGGUUGAUGCUGCAAGAAUGAGAUGGUUAGCAAAGGGAAGAGGUGUAAGGGUUAUUGGUGGUUAUAGCUUGGUGCAUGUUGAUAACAAGGCUUGUAAAUUUGUUGCUGGAGACAAGUCACAUCCACAGGCUUGUGAGAUUGACACUGUAGUUAAGGAGUUGCAUAGUUGUGUGAAGAUUGAUGAGAGGGAUCAGUUCUUGGGCAAUUUUGAAUGAUGAUGUAAUAAUUUAUAGGUUAUCUUUUUCUGUAAAGUUAAAUCUCAUUGUUAAAUUUGUUAGUUUAUUAUUUAUUUUUAAGCGUAAACGACUUUUUGUAAAUAGAGAGCAAAUUCGGUCUAGGUUAUUAGAGUUUUUGAACAGAGGAUGCCAUUAAGUCUUUUGGUGAUGAUAAGUUGGAUUUUGAUGAUCAUGAUUGAUCAAAAUCUGACUUGGGAGGGGAGGUUGUACGUUCCACAAAUCGUUCGAUUGUCCGCGAUUGACAAGAUUGGUAGGAGGAAGGUUUGAGAGGUUUUAGUAACUUAUGAUCGAGGAAGAGAAUAGUGUGGCGUUCUUCCACGAAACUUAUCAAUCUAAAUCAAGAUUGUGGCAUUUCAGAUUAUCUAUACCAAGGUUCUGACAAUAGAUUCGU